GGAUAUAUUUGGAUAAUAAUAAGAUUAUCCGUAUUGAGUUUCACAGCUAGGAAGACUAAACACGCUCGUACUGAGAACACGUGCAACUCUAACAGCUAGGAAGACGCCACAUCACACACAACACAGAGUCUCUUCAUCCCAACACAAAAAUAGAAAAAUUAAAAUAAACAUCUCAACUCUUCUUCAUCCCACAUAGAUAGAUAGGUUCCUAGAUUAUCGGAGAAUCAAAUGGAUCAAAUUGCGGCGUCAGAUGUCUCAAAUGGUGCAGGUAAAGUAAAAGAGCCGAGGGUAAUAUCUCCGGGAGGAUCCAAGACCGAAGAGAGGCAAAGUCACGGUGUACUUACUAAUCAGAAUGAUACGACGAGUCAAGAUAGUAGAGAUCAGCCACGUGGUGAUGUGAACAUGGAAGCUUCUAUAUCAGCAGAAGAUGUGAUUAGAGCUGGAGGUUUUGGUGCUAAAGACGACAUUGGAAGCUUCCUUCCUGUGGCGAGUGACUCGACUGACUUUGAGGAAUCAAUACGCUCUGCACGCGACUAUGAGGAAGCACAACCGGAGGUUCAAAGACCAGGUCUUGGCUGGCCUAAGGAGUAAAACUUUGCCUUGGUUGGUCGAAUGCUUUUACAGUUCUUGUUAGGUUUUGUGGGAUCAAUUGUUGCGUGUGAAUUGUGAUGAUGGCAUAAGGUAGAGGACUCUUGGUUCAGUUGCUACAUUUUUAGAAAGUUCUUUUGAGUUAAAAAAAGCAUUCCAUAUAUUUUAAGAUCGUCGGUGACUUGAGAACC